AUGAGCCCAAACAGGUCUCAAGAGGAAAGCACUGAGGGAGAUGCCAGGAGAACAGAGCGGAAGCCCACGACAAAAGAUGCUUUCAAGGACAUUUCCAUAUACUUCACCAAGGAAGAAUGGGCAGAGAUGGGAGAAUGGGAAAAAAUCCGAUACAGGAAUGUGAAAAGGAACUACGAAGCGCUGAUUGCUAUAGGUUUCAGAGCCACAAGACCAGCUUUCAUGCCUCACUGCAGGCAGGUCAUAAAACCCCAGGUAGAUCACACUGAGGAUUCUGAUGAAGAAUGGACACCAAGGAAGCAAGGUAAACCUUCUGGGAUGGCCUUCAGAGGGAAGCACAGUAAACACCAGAAGAGAACAACCAGGGGACCAUUAAAUAAGGUAUCUCGUUUGAAGAAAUUGCCGGGAGCAGUGAAAUUGCAGAAGAAAAGUGGCUCCAAACAGGCUCAGAAACCAGUGCCCCCUCCCAGAGAAGCAAGGACCUCUGGACAGCACCCCAGACACAAAGUCGAACUCAAAAGAAAGGAGACUGAAGUGAAGAGGUACAGUCUGCGAGAGAGAAAGGGCCAUGUGUACCAAGAGGACAGCGAGCCCCAGGAUGAUGACUACCUCUAUUGUGAGGAAUGUCGGAACUUCUUCAUCGACAGCUGUGCUAUCCAUGGGCCCCCAACCUUCAUAAAGGACGCUGCAGUGGAAAAGGGGCAUGCCAACCGCGCAGCCCUCACUCUGCCCCCUGGGUUAAGAAUCAGACGGUCGGGCAUCCCUAAGGCUGGGCUUGGAGUGUGGAAUGAGGCAUCCGAUCUGCCGCUGGGCCUGCAUUUUGGCCCCUACGAGGGUCAGAUCAUACACAAUGAAGAGGCCUCCCACAGUGGAUACUGCUGGAUGGUCACAGGGAAAAACAGCUACGAGUAUGUGGAUGGAAAGGACAAGUCUUUGGCCAACUGGAUGAGGUAUGUGAACUGUGCCCGGGAUGAUGAGGAGCAGAACCUGGUGGCCUUGCAGUAUCAUGGGAAGAUCUUUUAUCGAACCUGCCAGGUGGUCAGGCCAGGCUGUGAGCUGCUGGUCUGGUACGGGGACGAGUAUGGCAAGGAACUCGGCAUCACGCAGGACAGCAGGGGGAAGAGCAAGCUCUCGGCCAGGAGAGAACCAAAGCCCAAGAUCCACCCAUGUGCCUCCUGCUCUCUGUCCUUCUCCAGUCAGAAAUUCCUCAGCCAACAUGUCCAACACAGUCACCCCUCUCAGAUCCUCCUGAGACUAUCUUCAAGAGACCACCUCCAACCAAAGGAUCCCUGCCCAGGCAAUCAAAUUCAGCAGGAGCGAUGUUCCGGUCCACACAGCCCGAGUGACAAACCAGAGGGUCGAGAGGCCAAGGAAAGGCCCCAUCCUUUGCUGAAAGGCCCCAAACUUUGCCUAAAGCUGAAGAGGAUUUCAAUGGCCUCUUCCUAUUCACCCAAAGGACAAAUGGGGGGUUCUGAGGUGCAUGAGAGAAUGGCAGAAGAGCCCAGCACAAGCCAGAAACUGAAUCCAGAGGACACAGGCAAAUUACUCAUGGGGGCAGGGGUCUCAGGGAUUAUAAGAGUCAAGUACGGAGAGCAUGGGCAAGGCUCCAAGGAUAGGUCAAGUAUAAUCACACAUGAGAGGACACACACAGGGGAGAAGCCCUAUGUUUGCAAUGAGUGUGGGCAAAGCUUCAGGGCGAGGUCAAGUUCAACCAGGCAUAAGAGGACACACACAGGGGAGAAGCCCUAUGUUUGUGGGGAGUGUGGGAAAAGCUUCAGCCAGAAGACCCAUCUCAUCACACACCAGAGGACACACACAGGGGAGAAGCUCUAUGUUUGUGGGGAGUGUGGGAAAAGCUUCACUCAUAAGUCAAAUCUUAAUCAACAUCAUAGGACACAUACAGGGGAGAAGGCCUAUGUUUGUGGGGAGUGUGGGAAAAGCUUCAGCUGGAAAUCAAGUCUCAUCGCACACCAGAGGACACACACAGGGGAGAAGCCCUAUGUUUGCGGGGAGUGUGGGAAAAGCUUCAGCCAGAAGACCCAUCUCAUCACACACCAGAGGACACACACAGGGGAGAAGCUCUAUGUUUGUGGGGAGUGUGGGAAAAGCUUCACUCAUAAGUCAAAUCUUAAUCGACAUCAUAGGACACAUACAGGGGAGAAGGCCUAUGUUUGUGGGGAGUGUGGGAAAAGCUUCAGCUGGAAAUCAAGUCUCAUCACACACCAGAGGACACACACAGGGGAGAAGCCCUAUGUUUGUGGGGAUCAUCACAGCAUCUGGACUCGAUUCAAUCACAAGGGUCCAGUUCUCAGCCCUGCCCUCAGCAGCU